AUGGUCCUCUGCACCCUCCACCUCAUCUCCCUCAAAGACGGCGUCUCCCACGCCUCCUUCCUCUCCAAACUGCGCCAGAAUGGCAUCAAGCCCCUCGUGCAGGCCCGGCCCCUCCGGUGGAUGAUCCUGCCGACACAGCUGUACGCCGGCCACCUGCUCGCGCGGAACACACGAUGGGACAUCUUCCUCAUCCUCGAGUCCCCCUCCGACUCAUCAGUAUCCGGCGGCGGCAGCAUCCCGCCGAGCAUUCAGGCGUCGGACAUCGCGGCCUCGUGGACCGCGACGUGCGGCGCGUCCGCCAAGAUGCUCGCUGAGUAUCGCACCACCAACGCGGCGCUGCUGCACCCGGCCCCGGGCUCCGUGAAGGCGCCUGAGGCGCCCGCCUUGGAUCCCGCGACGUCGGGGCAGAACCUCGAGAUGACGCACGAGACGGCGUCGUGGAUCGCGGCGCUGCCGCCGCGGCUGCGGGGGCACCCGGUCUCCAUGCUCAACCUGCUGGCGUUCAACCCGGGCAAGAAGGACCAGUACAAGCGGUACGGGGCCGAGUUCUCGAAGCGGAUCGGGUCGCGGCACGGCGGGCGGGUUAAGAUUGUCGGCAGGGUGACGGCGACGGAGGAGGAUCAGGAGGCGGGCGCUCGCGAGGCUGGGUGGGAUGAGAUUGCGUGGGUGCACUAUCCCAGCAUCGAGCACUUUGCGGCCAUGGCGGCGAGUAAGGAUUAUCAGGAGGUCAAUCGGGAGUACCGCCUUGGCGCGCUGAAGGAUACGUUUAUUAUGUGCAUGAUGGAGGUCGAUGAUCAUGGGGAGGUUGUGGAUGUCCGGGCGGGGAGGGAGAAGCUAUGA